ACACAAAAACCAUAAAUUGAUAAUGGAUGUGAAGAACAACACCAUUAAUGUAGUUAUGUUACCAUGGAUAGCCCAUGGUCACAUAAGUCCAUUUUUAGAACUAGCCAAAAAGCUCUCCAAAAGAAAUUUUCAUAUUUACUUAUGUUCCACUCCAAUAAACCUAAGUUCCAUCAAGAAAAAUAUCACAAAAGAAUACUCUCAAUCAAUAGAGUUAGUUGAGCUUCAUCUUCCAUCAUCACCUAAUUUUCCUCCACAUUACCACACCACCAAUGGCCUCCCACACCAUCUCAAAGAGACACUAGUCGAAGCAUUUUUUAGCGCGGGUCCUGCAUUUUCAAAGAUACUACAAACUCUUAAUCCUGACUUAGUCAUAUACGACUUAAACAUUACGUGGGUUGCUGAGUUGGCGUCCUCUAUAAACAUUCCUGCCGUGCAAUUCCUCACAUUUAGCAUUGGUAUGAUUGUUUUGUUCCUCCACAUGUUUAGUAAGCCUGGAGUUGAGUUUCCAUUUCCUGAGAUUUACCUGCGUGAACAUGAGGUGAUUCCAAUGCAAAAACUUGCAAAGGGGUACUCGAACAUUAAUAUCAAAGACACUUUCAUGGAGUCUAUAAGGCAAUCGCGUGACAUUAUACUAGUGAAGGAUUUUGAAGUGAAAUAUAUGGAUUAUUUCUCUCAAUUAGUUUCCAAGAAAAUCGUUCCGAUUGGUUCUCUAGUUAAUAAUUCCAUUGAUCAAAUAGAUGAGCAUGCUUUGUCCAUCACCCAAUGGCUUGACAAGAAAGAAAAAGGUUCAAGUGUGUUUGUGUCAUUUGGGAGUGAGUGGUUUCUAUCAAAAGAAGAAAUCCAUCAAGUAGCACAAGGGCUAGAGCUUAGUAAAGUCAACUUUGUUUGGGUUAUUAGGUUUCCACAAGAUGAGAAAAUUAGUAUUGAUGAUGUAUUACCACAAGGGUUUUUAGAAAGGGUAGGGGAAAGAGGAAUGGUUUUGGAUAAGUGGGCUCCACAAUCCACUAUUCUACAACACAAGAGCAUCGGUGGUUUCGUGAGUCACUGUGGAUGGGGUUCGAUAACAGAGAGUAUGAAAUUUGGCGUGCCUAUAAUUGCAAUGCCUAUUUACAAUGAUCAACCAAUCAAUGCUAGGAUUGUGGAACAUAUUGGUGUGGGAGUUGAAGCAUUGAGGGAUGAGAAUGGGAAGUUACAAAGUGAAGAAAUUGCAAAAGCUAUAAGGGAAGUGGUGAUUGAAGAAAGUGGUGAAGGUUUGAGGAAGAAAGCUAAAGAAUUGAGUGAGAAAAUGGAGAUGAAAGGGGAUGAAGAGAUAGAUGGAGUGGUAAAGGAGUUGAUUGCACUUUGCAACAACAAACCAAUGUCACCAAAACUACACAAAGAGCUCUUCUUUCAUUCACUCUAUAAAAAAACAAGAAGUAACCAUACAAUGGCUACUUUAAAGGUAUUGAUGUUUCCAUUUUUGGCUUAUGGACACAUAUCUCCAUAUCUAAACGUAGCUAAGAAACUCGCGGAUAGAGGAUUCUUGAUUUACUUCUGUUCAACACCGAUAAAUCUCAAAUCCACCAUCGAGAAAAUCCCUGAGAAGUAUGCUGAUUCGAUUCAUCUUAUCGAACUUCACUUACCAGAAUUACCCCAACUUCCUCCUCAUUACCAUACCACGAAUGGUCUCCCGCCAAAUCUCAAUCAGGUCCUUCAAAAAGCCCUGAAAAUGUCGAAACCAAACUUCUCAAAAAUCUUGCAAAAUCUGAAACCUGAUUUGGUGAUUUAUGACAUAUUGCAGCGAUGGGCUAAACAUGUCGCGAAUGAACAGAACAUUCCAGCAGUUAAGCUUCUAACUUCCGGGGCAGCUGUGUUUUCGUAUUUUUUCAAUGUACUAAAGAAACCAGGGGUUGAAUUCCCAUUCCCUGGAAUUUAUCUCAGGAAAAUUGAACAAGUAAGACUGAGUGAAAUGAUGUCGAAAUCUGAUAAAGAGAAAGAACUGGAGGAUGACGAUGACGAUGAUGAUCUUCUAGUUGAUGGAAAUAUGCAAAUCAUGUUGAUGAGUACUUCUAGAACUAUCGAAGCCAAAUAUAUCGAUUUUUGCACUGCAUUGACGAACUGGAAAGUUGUUCCAGUUGGUCCACCAGUUCAAGAUUUGAUCACUAAUGACGUGGACGAUAUGGAGCUUAUAGAUUGGCUAGGAACAAAAGAUGAGAAUUCAACUGUUUUUGUCUCCUUUGGGAGUGAGUAUUUCUUGUCAAAGGAAGAUAUGGAAGAAGUAGCUUUCGCGUUGGAGUUAAGUAAUGUUAAUUUCAUAUGGGUUGCAAGAUUUCCGAAAGGUGAAGAGCGAAAUCUUGAAGAUGCAUUACCAAAAGGUUUUCUUGAAAGAAUUGGAGAAAGGGGAAGAGUUUUGGACAAAUUUGCACCACAACCAAGAAUUCUAAAUCAUCCGAGUACCGGAGGAUUUAUAAGUCAUUGUGGUUGGAAUUCAGCAAUGGAAAGUAUAGAUUUCGGGGUUCCUAUAAUCGCCAUGCCUAUGCAUCUUGAUCAACCAAUGAAUGCUAGGUUGAUCGUAGAACUGGGAGUUGCGGUGGAGAUUGUUAGAGAUGAUGAUGGGAAAAUUCACAGAGGAGAAAUCGCGGAAACUCUUAAAGGUGUCAUAACAGGGAAAACAGGGGAAAAAUUGAGGGCUAAAGUGAGAGAUAUUAGCAAGAAUUUAAAAACUAUAAGAGAUGAAGAGAUGGAUGCUGCUGCUGAAGAGCUAAUUCAACUUUGUAGGAAUGGUAAUUAGUGUAUCUUAUGAUUCAAAGAAAAUAUCGAGGAUGAAAUAAUGAGAAAAACAUAGAAUACCACGUAGGAUUCAAAUUACCAUGUAGGAUGCGUGUGUCUAUUUGUUCAACUUUAUACAAGUUUAAGUUUAUAUUCGUAAACGUGAGUUGAGGUCAAAUUAAAGGGCAUAUUUAUGUAUUAUGUCAUUAAUA